AUGGGAGCAAACGAAGAGGUUGUCAUUACUGGAUAUUGUGAUGCUGAUUGGGGCAACGAUCCCGACUCAAGAAAAAGUGUCACCGGAUUUGUGCUUAUGAUGGAAUCUGGAGCUGUCGCAUGGGCUGCCAGACGUCAAACAAUAGUCGCACAAUCAACCGCAGAAGCCGAAUAUGUGGCAGCAUGCGAAGCGUCCAUGGAGGGUCGCGGAAUUGCAAAUAUGCUCAAUGAGAUUUUCCACUGUAUACAGGCACAUGCUGUACUAACGAUGGGCAUUGACAAUGCGGCAGCUAUUUCGUUGGCAUGCAAACCCACACAUAGCAGCAAAAAAAGACACAUUGAGCUAAGAUGGCAUUAUGUGCGCGAACAAAUUAAGGCUGGGCAUAUUUUGGUAAAGAAAGUGUCCGGAACAGAGAAUCCUGCUGAUAUGUUCACAAAGGCUCUACCGAAGCGCAGCCUAGCGAAGUAUCGAGCCGACAUUGGCAUGAGGAUUUCACAAGAGUAA